AUGGCCUCAGCAGAAUUCUAUAUAUUCCAAUGGGGAUCCAUUAUAUUCUUGGUGUCACUAUCAGGCCUGUUCGCAGGUCUAACACUUGGUAUCAUGUCUCUUGAUAUCACAGGUCUAGAAAUUAUUAUUGCAAGUGGAGACCCUCGUGAGAGCAAGUAUGCAAAGAAGAUAUAUCCAGUGCGACAGAGAGGCAACUUGUUGCUUUGUACACUAUUGUUGGGUAACGUGUCGGUCAACUCGUUGCUGUCUAUUCUGUUGGCCGAUAUCACUUCGGGCUUUGUAGGUUUCCUGCUGUCCACCGUCAUCAUUCUGCUGGCCGGUGAGAUCAUCCCCCAGGCAUCGUGCUCGCGUCACGCCCUCGCCGUUGGCGCGCACACCAUCUGGGUCGUGUACAUCUUCAUCUUUAUCUUCUUCCCCGUGGCCUAUCCAAUCAGUUGUGCGCUCGACUUUGUGCUGGGUCGCGAGAUGGGCACCAUCUACAGUCGUCAUCAGCUCAAGAAGCUGCUGGACAUCCACAGUGCGCACGCCAUGGAGAGUGGUGUGUCACGUAGCGACGUCACCAUGCUGACAGGAGUGCUGGACUUUGGCCAGAAGAAGGUGGCUCAGGUCAUGACCCCGCUGGAACAGGUCUUCAUGCUGGACAUCGAAUCCAAACUCGACAUCAACAUGAUGACAUCCAUCCUUGAGAAUGGUCACAGUAGAAUGCCCGUAUACGAAGGUGACCGCACCAACAUUGUCGGCUGUCUACACAUGAGAGAUCUCGUCCUCCUGAACCCAGAGGAUGGUGUACCUUUGAAGACUGUCAUUGGUCUGUUCCAUAGACAGCUGCUAAAGACAUGGCAUGAUACAUCACUCGAGCAGAUGCUCAAUGAGUUCAAGACGGGCAAGAGCCAUAUGGCCAUCGUCCACAAGGUUAACUCUGAUGGCGAUGGCGAUCCCUUCUAUGAGAACCUUGGCAUCAUCUGUCUUGAAGACGUACUCGAAGAGAUCCUUCAAGAUGAGAUCCUCGAUGAGGCUGAUCAUUAUGAAUCUGGAACGAAUGGAGCAGUUGAUUACAAGACUAUUGGUAGCUUCCAUGGCACAAAGACAAGGACACCAACAAAGAUAUCGUCGCAACAGAUGAUCGCCGUGCAUUCAUUCUUGAGUGGCUGCAUGCCAGAGUUCUCGUCCAAGCUGAUAUCUGAGACGGCCUUUAGGAAUAUGUUGUCCAACAAGGGCGCCAUGGUGGUCGAGUACGACAAGCCCAAGAAGGGCGACCAGUUCAUCUACAAGCGUGGCGUCAGCGACACGUUCUUCACAAUCGUGCUGCAGGGCAAGCUGGAGAUCAAGUCGGGAGGAGAGGGCUUUGUCAGCGAGGGAGGCCCAUUCUCCACACUUGGCAUCAACGCGCUGAAGGAGGAUCAGUUCAUUCCGGACUUCUCGGCCCGCGUUACUUCGGCCAACAUUCAGCUGCUCAGGAUCAACAAGCCGGCGUACGAUGCAGCGAUCAAGGCAACGACCGAGGAGUACAACACUCAUGUGUUCAAGAGAGGCGAGACAUUGGCCACCUACUUGGGCGGCACGUCAACAACAUCAACGUCAUCACCAAACGAGCGCAAGCCAACUACCACAACGACGACUACAUCGACUACAACCACUACACCUACAUCCAUCCCACCACAUCAUCUACAGCAACAUACGUUGAUAGACCUGAGUAGUCCCCUCGUACAUGGCACCAGUAACAACAUCAACAACAGCAACAACAGCAACAAUCUGAACAACCUCACCGACAUUGGUGGUGGCAUCGAUGGCCACAAUGGUGGCAUUAGAAACUCAGGCAUCAUCCCAUCGUCCUCGAUACAUGAUCACCACGACGACGAUGAUGAUAUUCAAAGCAAUCUCAUCUAG